AUGGAGACCCCGAAGACGCAGAAGGACAUUCAGAGCCUUACCGGACGUGUCGCUGCCCUGACACGCUUCAUCUCCAAGGCUACCGAUAAAUGCGUGCCGUUCUUCAAAGCUUUGAAAGGGGGCAAACAUCAUAUAACGUGGACUCCCGAAUGCGACCAAGCAUUUCAAAACUUGAAGAACUACAUGAGCCAGGCACCACUGUUAUCAAAACCACUGCCAGGCGAGGUACUACUCCUAUACCUUUCGGUAUCCAACACUGCCGUCAGCUCAGUGUUGAUAAGGAAGCCGGAGAAGGCGGAGCUACCGAUCUUUUAUGUCAGCAAGGCGCUCCAGAGCGCAGAGCUUCGGUACCCACCCUUGGAGCAGCUAGCACUGGCCCUGGUCGUCUCGGCACGAAGACUUCGCCCCUUACUUCCAGGCUCACGAAAUCACAGUUUUGACGAACCAGCCCUCUUCGGCAGGUGCUCCAAAAGCCGGAAACAUCUGGGCCGAUUGGUCAAAUGGGCAAUCGAGUUGGGAGAGUUUGACAUACAGUUCAAGCCAAGGCCUGCAGAAAAAGGCCAGGCCGUUGCCGACUUCAUCUCCGACUCACACCCUCCUGCUUUAUCGGAACCAUCAUCGCCGAGCGUCGUCCCUACCGCACCAGAGAAAAUGGAUACCGAACGUUUCGACACUUCUGUUCCUCUCUGGAUCCUGCACGUGGACGGCUCGGCAAACCAGCAAGGCUGUGGUGCCGGCUUAGUGUUAACCACUCCGGACGGUAGCAAAAUCGAGUACGCCCUCCGAUUCAACUUCCGAACCUCCAAUAACGAGGCAGAAUAUGAGGCCCUCCUGGCUGGCCUUCGGCUAGCCCAGAGCAUGAGCGCGAGGCAGAUCAGCAUUCACAGCGACUCCCAGCUCAUAGCCUACGAGAUACGGCAGAUCCCCAGGUCGGAAAAUAGCCACGCCGACGCGCUCUCACGAUUGGCCUCGGCCAUAAAUGACAAGAUCGGAAGGAAGGUACCGGUGGAGAUAUUAUCCCAACCGAGUACAACCGCCGCUGAGGUAUGUACCGUUCGGUACGAAGACACAUGGAUGUCUCCAAUCUAUGCCUACCUGACAGCCGGAACCCUUCCUACCGAUAAGUCCCAAGCUCGGAAACUUCGCUACCGAUCGGCAAGAUACACAGUCAUCAACGAUGUUCUGUACAAACGGGGCUACACGACGCCGUAUUUAAAAUGCCUGACCAAGGAGCAGGGGGACUACAUCCUUCGGGAGGUCCACAGCGGAAUCUGCGGUGACCAUUCUGGAUCCCGAUCGCUCGCACACAAGGUCUUCCGGCAGGGUUAUUUCUGGCCGACUCUGCACCAGGAUGCGAACACACUAGUCAAGAGGUGUGACAAAUGCCACGGUUCGGUAGUGUCCCUCAUAUUCCCUGCCGAGCCACUGUCACCGAUCGUGAGCCCAUGGCCGUUCGCCCAUGGGGACUAG